CCUACGUCGUAUUGUAAUAUUGGCUUGAAAAGUAAAAAUAUUUUAUUUCCCUUACUAAUUUUUAAGAGACAAAUAUGGCCUAGUUGAUGAUUGAUGAGGGUUAUUUUAGUCAGUUUACAAUGUCAGAUCAAUGUGUUUCUUUUCACCAUCACACCAACAAUAAUACCUCCACAACAAUCGGCCUCGCCGCCACCACGGCCGCCACCAUUGACAGUGAAUUCCGGCGAAUGAACCACCGCCAACGCCGCCACAGGUUGUGGUGCCACCACCACUAUCCUUACCCUCAAAACCCCAUAGCCGACGGUGACUUGGUGGUAUUCCGGAGAAGGAAGUCCAAAAACGACGGUGACAACCCCAUAGCCGAAGUUCUCGCGCUUGGCGGCGGCAGGUUUGGCGACGGCAAGCUCGGUUCAGAUUUGGGAGAGCGUGGAAAAACAGAGAGGAAAGUUGGGCGAGGAUGGCACUGGAAGAUUAAGGAGAAGGAAUACCAAGGGAGAAUACUUCCUCCAACACACCCACAAUGUGUUCGUGUGCAGUCCAUAUUGAGAGACAUAGUUCAAGGAAUGCUCACUGGUUUACUUAUUAAAAUGACUGCAAUGUUUCAAGGUAUGGAUCUGAAGACACUUUACUUAUAUCGAGGAUAGACCAGGAUUGCCAAAAGAGGCCAGAUCAGAAAUGUAUGAUAAAAUCAGGGACUAGGCAUUUGGAAGGAUUGAAUUGGGAAGUGCUGGUGGUGGAAUCUUCUGAGAUAAAUGAUCUUUACCUCUAUAACGGGAAGAUUGUUAUUUAUACAGGGAUGCUUGACUUUUGCAAUUCAGAUGCAGAGAUAGCAACUUUUCUAGGACAUGAGGUCGGGCAUGGUGUGGCAUGGCAUGAAUCAGAAUAUUUCGUGACUUGUGUCCUAUUAUGGCCUUUUUAUUAUGUGCAGAUACUCCCAAUGAUAGCAGAACUAGUAUAUAAGUACACAUUGCGGAGGUAUACCAGAUCCCCUAAUUGAGAUAUAUAUAUUUUUUGAUAAGUUCUAAUUGAGAUAUGUUAAUAUGCUUAACAUUAUUGUUAUGUAUAGUUUUCAUAUGAAUUAUUAUGUACUUGGUCCAAUUAACACAACUAUUGUUAAGCAACUGAAAUACCUUCUGGAAACAGGCUCAGUUAAAUGCAAAUGGAUGCUUUUCAUGUUAAUUUAUUGUAUUAUUUCCCCUUUUAUGAUAAAAUGAAUAGAACAAAAGUGAAUUCCACCCUGAUCAUGUAAUAUUCCUUAUGUUUCCAUACAUGGCAUAUAUUUAUAAUCUCCAUAUAUUUCUAGUCCUUGCUUAUUUUUUUUUUUUUGUCAGUAAAUAAUACUUUAAGCUUUUUCACUGUGUUUAAUCAUACACGUUAAACAUAUGUUCCUUUGCAGACAGCUCGUGAACAAAUUUUGCUGCAUAUAACUUACUAAUUCAAUAAUUUCACAUACAGAUUAUAAAUGUCUGAAGAUUUCCCAAUUUAUUUACUAAAUUAUAAUUUGUUAUAUUCCCUAAACAUUUAAAAAAUACAAAAGCUCAACACCUCUACCUCCUGAUCUUGCAUUCCGUUUAUACUUUAUAACCUGUAAGAUGCAAGAAUGAAAGACAGAAUGGAGAAAGCAAUAGAUGUAAGAAAAAUAUAUGUGAUAGAAACAACUUUAACAUAUAAGAAGGAUUUUGUUAUUGUCAAAGAAGAAAUGGCUAUUGACACAUCAAAUAAUUGUACGGACAGUUGUACAUGAUGCAUCGAGUUGCAUAAUAUGGCUAUAGAAUUACUAAGAACAGGUUGCUAGUUUUAGGAAUAGUUUCAAUCUUCCAUGUACUUUAUAAACUAGUGUCGUACAAAUUAAUUUGGAUCUAUACUUGUAUGCUUAAAAUUAGUUACUAUUGGGUGUCAAAGUGUUAGUGAGUAGAUUGGAGGUAUUUGUAGUCUUGUAUGAUGUUUUGGCAUUAUUGGAUACUUGAAUUAAUUGUAAAAAACUACUUCUAACUGCUUAUUGCAAGUAUAUAAUUUCUUGAGAGUCCUUGUUAUCCUAACUAUGAUUCCUCAAUGACAGAUUGAUUUACGGCACAAGUUAACACAUACCCUAAAUAUUGACUAGUAGCUCUCAACUUAGCCAUAAAUUCCGAAAUAAGGAUACUGUAUGAGAUUUGUGACAAGGUAAGUGAAAAAAGAGAACUUAGAUGUCUGCACGAGAUGGUCAAGGGCUGUUUUCUAGGUCAAAAUACCAUUAGAAGAAAAACUAUGUCUAAGUUUGGAACCCUUAUCCCCAAAAACUACAAUGGUGAUUGCUUGCUGGCAUCAAAUUCCUUCAUAGUAGUAGUAAGAUGGUGCAGAGGGCUCUCUUUUUAACUGAAUUGCCUGAGCUGAGGGAAUGGGAACAAGAUAGAGAGGAGGCCACCAAAGGGUUUAGUCCAAGUGGUACCUAGUCCUCCUUGCAAAUACAAGGUUGACGUCUUUAAUGGGUGACUUAUGAUCAGUAGUCAUUAAGGAUUUUGAUAAUGUCACAUAUACAUGUUCUCGCAGACUACACAUUUAGCAGUUAAGUACUGAAGCUUCACAAUUCAAACAAUGAUCAGUAGACAUGAAGGAUCAAUACUGAUAGGUUCAUUAUAUGUUAUUACCAAAAUUACUUCUGACCAUAGAGAUUGUUGCUUCAGUUUAAGGAUUUCCUUCACUGAAAAUUGAAGAAUUACUCCCAGAUCAACUUACUCUUCCUUAUCGUUCUUCAGUGUAACUAUUCCUAUAAUAUAAUUCUAUUAAGUGUUUCCUUCGAAUAUAAUGAAAGAUGAAGUGACAAGCUUGUAGAAAUCCAGGUUCUGAUUCCAACUCGAACUCUAAUAAUCCUUUACACUGGAAGAACUAAAUGCUCUGCAAUGACCUUGACAUUUACAAUUGAGUUUACUACUACUACAGUCCAAUAUGUAAAAGAAGGAUUUUCGAGUACUUGUCAUUUUGGAUUAUAAAUACAAUGUAUAUAUGUGUGUGUUAAAAAUACAAUUUGUACAUGUGUGUGUGUGUGUGUGUGUGUUUGUGUUUAAUUAUAUAUGCCAAAUUACAAGAAGAUGAGGAAAUUGUGAAGUGGAGGAAUGACUACAAAGUAGGUGAGGAGGCUAAUGAAUUGGCAAAAUGUCAGAGACAAGUUAUCAUUUUUGAAGUAUGUAUGAAACUUCUAAGACAGUUGAACAAAGUAUUGAGAUCUUGAAUAAUAUUUUAACUUAUCAGCCCAUAGAACAUAUCUUGCUACUUGCAAAUUGAAGUCUAUUUUGUCCAUUUCCUGCGAGUUCCAAUAAAAUAAUUCCAAGUUUCAUCCUAAACAACUGAACUGCCCAUCCAAAACAACCAAACUGCCCAUCCAAAAGACCAAUAUUCUAAUUAAAAUUGACCACGUAUCCAAGGUUGAACCAUAAUUUUGUAGAAAGCACAGGCAAUUUGAAAAAGCAACCCCUAUAUAUAGCCAUCACUAGUGAUACCACUUAGCAUCAAGAAUUACACACACACAAUCACAGAGAGACAGAUCAUGAAGAACUUCAGCUUAGGAGCACCUGUGCUCGUAUUGCUCAUUGUCCUUGUUACACAUUGUCUAGAAGCUGAAGCUCAAGUCUGCAGACCAAGUGGCAAAAUUAGAGGUAUAAAACCUCCUCCUGGACAAUGCAACCAGGAGAAUGACUCGGAGUGCUGUGUGCAGGGCAAACUUUACACCACUUACAAGUGUUCACCAGGUGUGUCAAGUAACACUAAGGCGGUUCUUACUAUUAACAGUUUCCAGCAGGGUGGAGAUGGUGGAGGACCAUCAGAGUGUGAUAAUAAGUACCACCCAGAUAACACGCCAGUCGUGGCACUGUCAACCGGAUGGUACAACAAAGGGGGAAGGUGUCUCAACAACAUCACCAUAAGUGCUAAUGGACGGAGUGUAAACGCUAUGGUUGUUGAUGAGUGUGACUCCACAAUGGGAUGCGAUGAAGACCAUGAUUAUCAGCCUCCAUGCAACAAUAAUAUUGUUGAUGCCUCAAAAGCUGUGUGGGAAGCCUUAGGUGUGCCCUCCGAUAACUGGGGCGAGUUGGAUAUCACUUGGUCUGAUGCUUGAAAUUAACCUAACCUAUUACUUGUGUUCUAAAAUCUUGUCUACUUUUUAUGUCUUCCCCCACCCACUUUUUUUUCUUCUUUCUGAUAGAUGUUUUCAUUGUAUCAGUUCAUUGUGGUAUGAAAUCCUAAAUUAUGUAUCUUGUAUUGUAUGUAUUCUUGGUGUUUUAAAUAAAAAUGUUGUAAAAUUUCAGAUAUUAUGAAACACGAGCAAAA